CUGGGACAGCAGGGCCCCGAGUUCGUGCUGGAGCCGCCGAGCACGCUCGUCUUCUCGAACACGACGGGCUCGCAGCUGAGCUGCUCGGCCCACGGCAGCCCGACGCCCCACGUCACCUGGAUCACGAGUCCCGAUCAGAGAUCGGUCAGCGCCGUGCCGGGACUCAGGCAACUGCUGGGCAAUGGCACGUUGUACUUUCCGCCGUUCCGCGCCCAGGACUUUCGGGCGGAGAUGCACAACGCCCGCUACAGAUGCCGGGCGGCCAACUCGGUCGGCACGGUGCUCUCGCGAGAGGUCACCCUUCGAGCAGUGCUGACGGUGCCGGGCUACGAGGUCCGAGUCCAGCGCUCGCCAGUGGUCGAGGGUAACAACGCUCUGCUCUCCUGCACGGCGCGGGAGGACAUCAAGGAGCACCUAACCGUCACGUCCUGGUACAGGGACGAAUCGAUCCUCCUGCCCGGCAGCACCGACAGAGGGGGCAGAUUCGUGGUAACGUCCCAGGGCGAUCUCCACAUCAAGGAGGCGAGACAGGAGGACGGCCGUGCGACGUAUUCCUGCCUGACCAGGCACUCGCUCACCGGAGAGACGCGCAAGAGCGAGCCGGCCUCCCUCACCGUAACAGAGCCGAGCAGUACAAUGCCACCGAAGCUGAUGCAGCGCUCGCAAAUUGCAAUUUCCGCGGAACGGGAUUCCGAGGUGCACCUCACGUGCUCGGCCCAGGGAAACCCGCCGCCUCAGUUCACCUGGUAUCGCGACGUCAACGGUCGUUCGGUGCCGGUCGAGUCUUACGGGCGGAUCCAGCUGUGGGGCGACCUGCUGCGCAUCAGGCGAGUCGAGGUCCAGGACGCCGGUAGGUACGUGUGCAGCGCGCGCAACCACUUCGGCAAGCAGCAGGCCGAGACCCAUCUGUCCGUCACCUCGAAAUUGAACGCCCGCAUCCAGCCGAUGUUGCAGGUGGUGAACUCGGGUCAGACGGCGGUGAUGAACUGCACGGUGGAGGGCUUCCCGAUCGAGAGCGUCGAGUGGCUGCACGACGGGCUCCCGGUGCUCCCGGCGCAGGACACGAGGAUCCGCAUGCCAGUGCCGUUGGUGCUGAUGAUCAGCGCGGUCGGCAGGAGGGACAGGGGGAUGUACCAGUGCCUCGUAAGGAGCGACAAGGAGAACGCCCAAGCCACUGCCGAACUAAGGCUUGGUGAUACGGUGCCCGAGCUGCAGUACACCUUCAUCGAGCAGACCCUACGGCCAGGACCUCCGGUGUCUUUGAGGUGCUCCGCUACCGGGUCACCACCGCCUUCGUUCACGUGGCUGCUCGACGGCGAGCCCCUCAACGAAAUAGUCUCCAGUCACCGGUACUGCUUGAACAACGAGAAUAAAACAUCGAGACAGACUAAUUGAAUAUUUUUUCCUUUUUUUUUUUUUUUUUUCAUCGUCAGCUACGCUAUUGGACAGUACGUCGACCAAUCCGGGGAUGUGAUCAGCCACUUGAACAUAACGUCGGCGACCACGGAGGACGGGGGCCUGUACGCCUGCAUAGCCUCCAACUCCCUGGCUUCGGUCGGGCACAAGGCGAGGCUCAACAUAUGGGGCUCGCCGUACAUUCGUCUGCGAAUAGGACCGGUGCGGGCGAUAGCCGGCAGAGAAGUGACGAUAGCUUGCCCGUACUCGGGCUACCCCAUAACUUCGGUCAAGUGGUCGAGGGGCGGCUCGGCCCUGCCACCUGAUCUCAGGCACAAGAUCGACAGCGAGGGCCACCUAACCGUCACGGACGUCAGUCCCAAUGACCAGGGCACCUACACCUGCACCGUGCAAUCGCCUACCAGUCAGACCGCCAGCCGCGAGAUCAACGUCGAGGUUCAAAGUCCACCCGUGAUGAGCCCGAUCACGUUUCCCCCGAAUUUGCAACAGGGCAGUCGGGCUCAGAUCACCUGCAGCAUCACCAGCGGCGAUCUCCCUAUCAGCUUCUCGUGGCUCAAAGACGGAGAGCCACUCAAGGCUUCACUCCAGAUAGACGAGAAGCGCGACGACUUUUACAGUUUCCUGGUGUUCAAAGAGGUGUCGUCGCGCCACACGGGCAAGUACACCUGCGUGGCGACCAACAAGGCCGCCAAGGUCAACGAAACGGCCGAGCUCCUGGUAAAAGUGCCGCCCCAAUGGACCUUCGAGCCCCAAGACGUGUCGGUCCUCCUGGACACGUCGCUCCACGUGCACUGCAAAGCCACGGGCUUCCCACCGCCCCAGAUAAGCUGGUUGCGCGGCCACGCGCGCACCUCGGACGAUUACCAGCCCCUGAGCGAGCUAACCGAGGACCGGCUGGCCGUCCUCGCCAACGGCACCCUGUGGACCGCCGCUGCGAGACCCCAACACGAGGGCCACUACCUCUGCCGGGCCAACAACAGCAUCGGCUCGGCACUCAGCAAAGUCAUAUACAUCUCGGUCAAUGAGCCGGCGAGGUUCGAGUUCCCGAGCAAGAACGUGACGAUACGCCGGGGCGAGCCGGUCGUGCUAGAUUGCACGGUGAUCGGCGACAACCCGAUAACCGUCCAGUGGACCCACAACAGCGAGCGAUUGGACACGGAUCUUUACCGGAUGAGGGUCAGCCAAGUCAAGUCGGACAGUGGACUAAAGUCCCAGUUGUCCCUCGGGCACGGAGAUCGGCAGGAUUCCGGGGUUUACAAGUGCACCGCUGAUAACGAUUACGGGCACAGCGAGCACUUUAUCUAUCUGGCUGUACAAGAGAGGCCCGACGCACCAUCGGCGCUCGAAGUCAUCGAGAUUGGCUCGAGAUCGAUCAAGCUCUCGUGGAACAAAGCCUUUGACGGUAACAGUCUGAUUCGGGAGUACGUUAUCGAGUACCAGCCAGUCUCCCAUGGCAUACUCGAGGACGACUGGGAGCCCUCCAAGACCCACAAUAUUUCCCAUGCUCCCGGCUCAUACUACGGACACGCCUCCAAUCCUCCACAGAACGGUAUGGUUCGUUACGAGACGUCCACGGAUGACCAGGAGACAGUGCUGGUCGGAGGACUCCAUCCAGCCGUGACCUACAAAUUCCGCGUGUUCGCCAUUAAUUUCAUCGACACGAGCGAGCCAACCGGCCCAGCAGUUGCUAAAACUCAGGAAGAAGCACCCACGGAACCCCCGCAGAACAUCAAAGUCAGCUCGGCCGGGCCCGGAGAGCUGAUAGUCACUUGGGAGGCACCACCACGGGAGUCCUGGAACGGCGACCUCUUGGGCUACAUCGUCACGUGGUCGGAGCAGUCUUCCGCGACCUCGGGGGUCAACCAGAGCAAGAGCCUCAACGUGAACGGCUGGGCGACCAACAAAGUCCAGCUGACGGGUUUGCGCAACUUUACCAAGUACGACAUCACCAUCAGGGCGUUCAACAGCAUAGCCAGCGGACCGGUCAGCUCUCGCAUCACCGGCACCACGCAGGAGGGAGUGCCGAGCGCGCCUCCGAUCGAAGUCACCUGCUCCUCGCUCGCGUCGCAGAGCGUCCGGGUCAGCUGGAAGGCCCCGCCCGCCCACCAGCACGGUGGCAUCAUUCAGGGCUACAAGGUUUUCUACCGGCCCGUACCGACGGACAAUAUGGAAAUCUCGACGACGGGCGAGAUCAAGAAGACCACCAGCGACGAAACGUACCUGCACACGCUCUACAAGUUCACAAACUACUCGAUCCGGGUGCUCGCGUACACGGGGGCCGGGGACGGGGUCCUCAGCAAUCCGAUAUACUGCGCGACCGAGGAAGAUGUACCGGGACCCCCAGCUGGUAUAAAGGCACUGGCGUUGUCGUCGGAGUCUAUACUGGUGUCGUGGCUGCCGCCCUUGCAGCCCAACGGCCGAGUUUCAAAGUACACGGUCUACUUCAGGGAGGAGGGCUCGAGCCGCCACGACACCUACACGAUACACGAGCCCCCGUCAUCCUCCUCCGACACGCUGACCAAGGAGUUGCGCGAUUUCAACGAAAGGCAAUUGUACGAGUUUUGGGUCACGGCGUCUACGGCGUCGGGCGAAGGCGAAGCCACGACCAUAGUCUCGCAAAAGACGGACACGAAAGCUCCGGCGAGGGUGGCGUCGUUCUCGCAGGUUUUAAAAAAGCCGGUCAAGUCGUCGGUAACGUUGUCGUGCAUCGUUGUCGGUAACCCAACUCCCCGACCGCUCUGGACCUACAAGAACAGCCAGGUCACCAAGAGCAAGCACCACGAGAUCGCGUCGGACGGGCAUUUAAAGAUCCACGCACUCGAGCAGUCGGUUGCUGGCAACUACAGCUGCUCGGCGAGUAACACCUACGGCGACGACUCGAUAACGUACACCCUGGUCGUCGUUAUGCCACCCAAGGCACCAACGCUUCAGCUCCAGUACACGACAACCGACAGCAUAAAACUGUUCUGGAACCAUCCGGACAACGGUGGCGCCAGCAUUCAAGGCUACGUGCUCAGCUACAAGAAGGACAAGAGCGGCUGGGAGGAGAUCGCCCUGUCUCCCGAGCACACCGAGUGGACCCUGACUGGACUCAAAUGUGGCUCCACCUACGUGUCCCACUUGUCGGCCCAGAAUCGCGUUGGCUCCGGGGACCCGAGUCCACUCAUAAGUGCCACCACCAAAGGCAAAGCUCCGCAGACGCCGAGGGAGCGAGACAUCAUAAUGGCGAACGCGACGUCGGUGCGGCUGUUCCUGCUGAACUGGCCGAACGGCGACUGCCCGAUCGAGUACUACACGGUGGAGUUUCGGAAGAAGAGCGGCCAGGACCAGUGGAACCUGGUGACAAGCCAGGCGACCGACAACAUUGUCAUCCGCGACCUUAAGCCCGCCAACUGGUACAGUCUCCGUCUGACGGCGCACAACGACGCCGGCUCGACUCAGGCUCUGUUGGACUUUGCGACGACGACGCUGAGCGGCGUGAGCAUCGGUCCCCUGAACGACUUCGUCAUGGGCGAGGACGCGUCGACCUCGUCCACGAACCACAAGUUCUUGUACGUGGUCGUGCCGUUCCUGUGCGUUGUGGCGCUCAUCGGGUCGGCCGUAGUCGUGGGCUACGUGAUGCUCAAGCGCAAGGAGCGCGGGGGAUACCUCGGUGACAUACUCCCGGGACAGCAGCCGCCGACAGGGUUGGGCUUGAACUCGCAGCACCAGCCGCAUCACCAUCUGUCCAGCUGCAUGUCGACGGUGCAGAUGAAGUCGACCGCCGAGAGGGACAACAGGCGGAACCACCAGGUCUACACGAGCUCCCCGGUCAAGCAGGACAAUCACAAGCCCCCCGUCGACCACGGCUCGGAAAUGUACGAGAUCAGCCCUUACGCGACGUUCAGCGUGCCGGGGCGCGACAACCGCUCGGUGACGACCGCAACCCUCGACUACACGAUGCAGUUCAAAACCUUCGGCCACCUGGAGAACGAGGACAUCAACACGAUGGACUACGAGCGCUCGAGCGUCGACUUUGAAAGAUCGAAAACCCCCAGGUGGCACAAGCAGCGCUACUUUCCGAGCAUCGCCGAGGCCGAGAGCAAAAUGAGGAACAAUCGGCAGGGCUCGGGCAGCGACACGUCCGGCAGCCCGUGCGGCGAGUGCUCGGGGCCGAGUUACCGGGUGCCGGUCAAGCCGAGCAGAGAUGUGUUUGCGCGGGGCGUCGAGUCGAGCACAGAGUCGAAUAACGAAGGCUCGCCGUCACUUGCGAGGCGUCGCAGUCGUCAGCCAAGCGGCCGGUCCGUUCGAAGUUCUAUGGAAGACAUGACGCUGAUGCCGCCCAGCGGUUUUAGCGACAGCCGCGAGCUCAUCGAGCAGCAGCAGCGGGAGGCAUCGCGCGAGUGGCGGAGAAAGUCCGGUGGCGGCGCUCAAUACGGGGGUAGCCUCAGUAGGCUGCCCAUCGACGCUGCCGAAACGAUGCUUGCGAGACACGUGAGGCGCAAGGAACAGGAGCGGCAGGAGUUCACGAUACACGUAUGAUCGAUCCUGAAUAAAGUGACGUUCGACGCUCGCGCCACUGCCAAACGUCGUUUUGAAAAAGUUCGAGCUAGGUGCUGACGAGGGGCGCAUCCAUCAGGAAACCCGUGAAAUACGUACCGUGAAUGUAACGCGCAAGAGUCCUUGUAAAUAACCCGUUGUCGAAACUACACUUAUAUAUUGAAAGCCAAACGAAGCAUAUACAUAUUAUAGCCGGCUCUGUGAAACUGCCUCGCAUGCUUGUGUUGUUAUACAUAUGUUCUUACAUGUGGGUGUGAGAGAGAGUCCAAUACAUGAUGUUACUGCCACUGCGUGCGUGUGAAAUUUCAUUUUAGAAACAGAUUUUCCCCGAGGACUGCGAAGAGCCAUCGUUUCGUGGUCGGAUUUUAGGUGGGAAAAUAAAAAUAAAACGGUCCUGGGAGGAAAAUCGUUUACCGGUGUUAAGGAAAUAAUCGCAUAUGCCAAAGUUUCAAUGAUCUCCAAAGCAAGCCAAGACUAAUUACUGCCAAAGAAAUUAAAUUAUAUCGGGUAAGAGUGUUUUGCUCGAUAUUUCAUUGUAUACGUAUAUAAAUGUACGAACACCUUUGUAUAACCGGGCGGAUCGAUUCGAAAAACGUUACUUGUAUUAUUAAGAAUAUACCUAUACGUUUCGACGGAUAAAAAAAAAAAAGAAAAAAAAAAUAUUUAUAGAUUGUUUUCCAUAAAUUAUUAAAGAAAAAGCCAACGCGUUUGAUAUAAUUACUUACCUUUUAUCCUUGAUUCGAACAAGAACAAACUUGUCGUAUGAAUUAGUUGUAUAGAUCAUAUAAAUCUUUUUACCUUUUGUAUAUAAGCUGCCAUGAAAAAUUUUUAUAUUGUAAAACAUUGUUUUGCAUGGAAUAAGAGAGUUCAAAGUCAAUAAGGAAAAAUACAAAAAAAUGUAUGAAACAGUUUUAUUGAACUAUUUAUAACGUUAUCAAUUUUUCGGACGUUUUUUAACUUCACAUUCUUUUACUGCAGGAAAAGAAAAGAGAUUUAUUUGAGCGACAAGUUUCUUUUCUAAAAUGUUUUUUCUACGUUCUUACUUGUAUUAAGUCAGCGGUAUGAUAUUAUAAAUUUUGAAGAACAAGAGUAAUAGUUACAGUGAAUGUAUUAGGAAAACAAAGAUUUGAAAAACUUUAA